AUGAACUUCUCUACGGAGCUCGCCCUCUCCGCCGUCGUUCUCGUCGGCACCGUCGCCGUCGCGUACCUCCAGUUCAACAACGACUCUCCGCCCGCGUCCACACCGGCGGCGCUAGCGGACGAGAAGGCUGCAGCGGCCGGCAAGAAGGGCAAGAAGAAGAAGGGCGCGGCCGCCAAGUCGUCCGCCCCCGCUCAGCCUGCAGCAGCAGCAGCUCAGCCCGCGGUCGUGCCCUUCCCGCCCGUCGUCCCCGGCGAGUUCGGGUCGACGUCGACCGCGGCGGAGGACGGGUCAGACGCGCUGUCCGCCGCCGCGGCCAAGAAGCCGAAGAAGAAGAAGACGAAGAAGGCCGCGGGGGCCGCUGCGAGCGAGGGCGGCGCGGGCCCCUCCACCCCGAAGCCGCAGGACGCGCAGGGCAAGGGCGCCGCGAGGGAGGAGCAGUGGACCCGCGUCGAGUCGCGUCGGCGCGGUCGCGCGGCCGCGGGCGACGCCCCGCCGCCCGCCGCGCCGCCGUCGACGGCCGACGUGGGCGCGAGCGACGCGAUCACGACCUCCGUGACGGGCACGACCACGCCGACCACGGAGCGGACGGACGAGGAGAGCGAGCCGCCGGCUGCGGACGAGCGCAAGACGCUCGCGGAGAAGCUCCUCCCGAGGCCCCGCAAGACGGGUGUCGACGACAUGCUCGAGACGCCCGACUACCCCACGAUCGCGCGCGUCAUGCGGGUGCAGCCGCGCCCGGACGAGAAGCCGGCCGCUGGGUUCUCGUGGGGCGACUACGAGGACGUUCGGGUGGCGGAGGAGGCGGACGGCGAGGGCGACGAUGAGGGCUGGGGAGUCGUCAAGAGCAAAAAGCCGAAGAACACUCGGCCAUCUUCUGGUACCCAGACACCCUCCGCCGCCUCGGAAGCGCCAACGAAGAAACAGCGCCAGAACGCUGCCAAGCACGAGGCGCAAAAGGCGGCCAAGGCUGAGGCCGAGGCGCAGAGGCAGGCGCUGCUCGCGAAGCACAAGCGCGAGGUCGAGCGCGCACGCAUGGCGGAGCAAUUCAAGACGAGCGCGAAAACCCCGAGCGGUGGGAUGACCGCGAGCGUGGACGCGUCGGGCAAGCUGGUCUGGGACUAA